GCCAGACCGGAUCCUCCAUGAGGGAAGAGGCCAGGGACAAGCAGCCAGCCCCGGCGCCUCUUCUCUUCAACAAUACAAAUCAUUACUGCAAGCCUGGGAGCCCGAGUAGGGGGUUGCCUUAGCGCCGUAGGAUGUCCCGCCAUGAAGGUGUGAGCUGUGAUGCAUGUUUAAAAGGCAACUUCAGAGGCCGACGAUACAAAUGUUUAAUAUGCUACGACUAUGACUUAUGUGCUUCAUGCUAUGAGAGCGGUGCAACCACAACGAGACACACCACAGAGCAUCCCAUGCAAUGUAUAUUAACUCGAGUUGACUUUGACCUGUACUACGGAGGAGAAGCGUUUUCAGUCGAACAGCCCCAGGCCUUUACAUGUCCAUACUGUGGCAGGAUGGGCUACACAGAGAUUUCCCUGCAGGAGCAUGUGGCUGCUGAGCAUACGGACACAUCCACAGAAGUAAUUUGCCCAAUAUGUGCAGCGCUACCAGGUGGCGACCCAAACCAUGUGACAGAUGACUUUGCUGCUCAUCUCACACUUGAACACAGAGCACCCAGAGACUUGGACGAGUCCAGUGGAGUGCGACAUGUGAGGAGGAUGUUCCACCCUGGGCGCGGGCUGGGGGGUCCACGUGCGCGCAGGUCUAACAUGCACUUCACCAGCAACACCACAGGGGGGCUCUCCACAGGUCAGAGCUCAUCACAGAGUUCCAAUUACAGCAGAGAGGCCAUGGACCCCAUAGCAGAGCUCCUGUCCCAGCUGUCAGGAGUCCGACGUUCAGCCGGGGGUCAGCUCAGUUCGGGCCCUUCGGCUUCUCAGCUCCAGCAGCUCCAGAUGCAGCUCCAGUUGGAGCGACAACAAGCCCAAGCAGCACGCCAGCAGCUGGAGACGGCCCGCAACGCCACGCGGGGCGGCGGACGUGCCAAUGCAAUCCUCAAUACCAAUUCAGCAGCUGCCAACCUCAGCGCCAACCACAACACCAACUCCAGUGCCAACCCAGGUCCGCCUGAGCCCAGCACACAGCACAGUGCACAAAGCUCCCAGUUUCUACUCAACAGGCUGAGGGAACCACGGCUCUCUGAGGCGGAACGUCAGGCGUGCGAGGCCCAGUGGGCUGACAGGAGCCUGUUUGUGACGGAGCUGCUGCUGUCCACACUGCUGCCCGACGGGGACGCCUCUGCCUCCUCCUCUGAGGAUGAGGAUGACUGUCACGGCCCGUUAGGGAAUUUUGCCGACUUCGAGGCCAUGGGCUGCGUUGAGGUCAUGACCUUAGACGUGGCACUGGAGCACCUCAACCUCAAAGAGACGCCCCCUGCUCCCAAGACAGGGAAAAUGACAAAUAAAAUGUCAUCAACAAAGAAAGAGCCUCCUGCUCCGCCCCUUUGAUGACAUUGCUGCUCCUUCCCCAAACCAUCAUUGUAACUGGCUGACUGCUGCGUCAGUCCAACUGCCAAUGGAUGACAAAAGAAAAGACUGCAGCUGAUUUUGGCUUUGUUUUAUUUCUCAGUGAUUGUCGUUUCAGCUGUCGCUCUCAACUCCCCCCCAUGUUUAUUACGUUGUGUACGCUGAGUAAAAGUAGUGAGAUGAGCGAAUGUGAACGUGUGAUGGGUGCGUGAGAGAAAGGAAAAAAUAUAUAUUAUAGAAAAUCUAUAUGAAAAUUGAUAAUCAAUUCCGUAUAGCCCACGUUUCCUCUGGCAGGCGAGCAAACGUAGUGUCGCCAUUAAGAGACAAACGGUUCACGAGGGAGAGGAGGCCAAUGGUAAACCUCUCCGGUCAAAACGCUGCUGUGUAUUUAUAGUUAUUGAAGAAAUGCUUGGAUUGUUUACCACAACUCCAGCAUGAGCUUAAAUCACCACGUGGCCGUUUUAUUUAAUUUUUUUUUUAAAUUGUUAACUGCAGUCACUGGAUGGGGAGGCCUCUGUUCACACACUCGCACACCUAAUAAAUAACCGGUGCAGAUUGUCAAGUUGGUGGCAUUUCCUUGCCGUUGUGCAUUUUUGGUUCCACUCAUGUCUGUGCCCCUUCCCUUUGUGAUGUCACAUUCUGGGUCAUGUGACCGAUCUUUAUAUCAACUGUGGGCACUUUGGACUUGAUUAGCAUAUCGGGUGUUCGUAUGUACACUACGACCAUUUUCAGGCCUUUUUGUAAACACUUAACACCGCAGACCGCCACAUGGAUUUUUUUUUUUUUUUUUGCUCCCUCCUUUCACAGGAACAGAUGUGACUUUCUCAGCCUUCCCAUUGUCUGAAAUUAAUCCUCCAUAACUCACCAAUGCAAAGAUGAUUUGUUCAUUGCCUUGAGUCAGAAGAUCUUUGUAUGCCUCCAUUAAAGAGCUGAAGGAAUGCAAUGUGUGUUUUUGGCUCAUCAGCCAAGUAACAGGGUCACCCUUUCAGUUUUGAGGAAAAUAAAAUGUUUUGGAUGGAAAUGAACUAACCCAA